AAACCUUAUAACCACAUUCCUUUCCCCCGUCCAUUACCGCAGAAUCAAACUUGCAGUUCAGGUUUGCACAAUCACAUUCAUACUCUCAUUUCUUCUUUGAAUAUUUCAAACUUCUCUUCGUGGCCCUCCCGCGGUUACCGUAUCUUCAGCUAUGUCUUUCAGAAUCAGAGGACAAAAUGCUACUUCUGGUAUGGGAGUUGCUGAUCACAGCAAGGAUGCAUUCUUGGAGCUGAAGAGGAAGAAGGCGUACCGCUAUGUUAUAUUCAAGAUCGAUGAGAAGAAAAAGGAAGUUGUAGUUGAGAAAACUGGCAAUCCAGCUGAAAGCUAUGACGAUUUUACUGCUUCCAUGCCUGAAAAUGAUUGCCGUUAUGCAGUCUAUGACUUUGAUUUUGUCACCUCUGAGAAUUGUCAAAAGAGCAAGAUUUUCUUCAUUGCAUGGUCUCCUGCAAUCUCUAGGAUUCGUGCCAAGAUGCUUUAUGCUACAUCCAAAGAAAGGUUUAAAAGAGAAUUGGAUGGAAUUCAUUAUGAAAUUCAGGCUACUGACCCUACUGAAAUGGAUCUCGAAGUUAUCAGGGACCGUGCAAAUUAAAGCUUCUGAUGUUCAUUAUCUUUGUAAGAAGCAAAAAUUGAUAGAGCUCCAUCUUCAAAGCAAUUAUCAUGUUGACUCCUUUGAGCUAUCCACAUAUCCAUUUCUGGAGCAAGUGCUGCAAAAAUAAUGAUACCUGGAGUUACUGAUUUGAGGCCAUGGUCAGUCUCUAGUUGCCUAGUGUAUAAUGUUCUAGUAUGACUUGCUUCUUCUCAUGAGGCGUUCAUAAUCUUGACUCGAGUACAUACAUUAGGCGUAUAUUUGGUUCAACAGACUUUGGUUUGUUUAUUGUGUAUUGCACUUUAAGAAGAAUAAUGCCAAAAGCCUUUUCCUUCUUUCCCUCUCA